AUGAUUUCGUGCCUCACCAAUUGGCUGUUUGACUACAUCUUUCUGAGUUUGAUUAUUGUCUGUACGUUCCUUUACUAUUAUACGACAUCGACGUACGACACAUGGAGGAAAUUAAAUGUGCCGUUUGCAAAGCCGGUGCCCUUUUUCGGGAAUAUAUUCAAAAUGUUUACGGGCUUAGAGCGCCAAGUGGACGCUUUCGGACGGAUUUAUCAACAGUUUCCCGAUGAGAAAUUUUGCGGUUUCUAUCAAAUGAGCACUCCGUUUUUGAUGCUCCGCGAUCCGGAGCUGAUCAACACGGUGAUCAUCAAAGACUUUUCAUAUUUCACCGACCACGGUAUUGACAUGAACCCUUCGGUGAACGUAAUGGCGAGAAGCUUGUUCUUUGCGACCGGACAAAAAUGGAAAACGAUGAGACAAAAACUGAGUCCGGGAUUCACGUCCGGUAAGCUCAAAGGUACUCACGAACAGAUCCGGGAGUGCAGCGAUCAGCUGACAAACUGUAUUUACGAGAAAUCCCAGGAAACCGACGCCAUUGAAGUGUACGAACUCGUUGGCAAUACAGCCACCGACGUGAUUGGAACGUGCGCUUUCGGUAUGAAAUUGGACACAAUUAAUAACGAUAAUUCAAGCUUUAGACAAAACGUAAAAAAAGUGUUCAAACCCAGCGGUAAAGUGAUUUUCGCUCAAAUACUUGGAGUGCUAUUUCCGAAAAUCAUAAAGCUCUUAAAACUUCAAACUUCUCCGGUGGACGUAGAUGCCGUUGAUUUUUUUCAUUCAGUUUUCAGCGAAGUAAUCGAGUAUAGGACCAAAAAUGACGUGGUUAGAAACGAUCUAACACAAACCUUAAUGAAAGCGAGACAGGAUUUGGUAGUAAGCAGUGACUAUAAGGGAGAAGAAAAGUAUUGUGAUUUGGAUAUAAUCGCAAAUGCAAUGUUGUUGUUUACGGCCGGUUCCGAGACUGUAACUGCCACAGCAUCUUUCUGUUUUUACGAAUUGGCAUUGAACAAAGUUAUCCAAGACAGGUUACGUGCCGAGAUAAUCUCGUCGAAAAUAAAACACGGUGGACAGCUCAACAAUGAAUUUUUGGAAGAUCUUCAUUACGCCGAUAUGGUUUUAGACGAAACUCAUCGUAAGUACACCAUAAUUACCGCCCUGUUGAGAGGAGCUACACAAAAUUAUAAAGUACCCGGGGAGUCAUUAUUGAUUGAAAAGGGACAAAAAAUCUUAAUACCAAUUUAUAGUAUACAUCACGAUCCAAAGUAUUAUCCAAAUCCCGAAACUUUCGACCCAGAAAGAUUUACUGCGGAAGAAAAAUCUAAGCGACCAAAUGGAACAUUUUUACCGUUUGGCGAUGGACCUCGCCAUUGCAUAGGAAAACGUUUUGCUGAAUUGGAAUUGAAAUUAAUUCUAUCAAAAAUAUUAACUAAAUUUGACAUUUCACCUUGUGAAAAAACAGAAAUACCUCUCCAGAUGAAUAAAGAACGUGGAAUAACUGCACCAAAAAAUGGAAUUUGGUUAAAUUUUAGGCCAAUCGUGGAUUAG